CUCUCAUCUGUCUCAACCAGUUUUACAGUCUAUGGUCUCAGCAAAGGAAAAACUGAGAUCACGGGACAUAGCAAGAUGGCGUUUAUUAAAGAGGAGCUUGAAGACACAAGAAUUUCAGAAUCACGACCAUUCAGAGUGAAACAUGAAGAUGUUGAGAAACAAACAGACCUGAAGCAGCUUAAAGACGAGAGUCCAGAACUGAAUGAAAUGGUGGACAAAGUACAGUAUGAGAAACAUGAUUUCAUAACUGAAGAUGAAAAUUGCUCGCAGACUGACAAUUCCUCCUCACAAAAAAGACGUGAGGAGACUGGAUCUAAAAGAUCUUUUGCCUGCGAACAGUGUGGAAACUUUUUCUCUACAGCAGGAAACCUUAAAAUCCAUAUGAGAAGUCAUACUGGAGAGAAGCCUUACACAUGUGAUCAGUGUGGAAAGAGUUACACACGAAGCAACACCUUAAAGGAUCACAUGAUGGUUCACACUGGAGAAAGACCUUUCGAAUGUGAUCAGUGUGGAAAGAGUUACACGCGAAACAAGACCUUAAUGGUUCACAUGAGGAUUCACACUGGAGAAAGGCCUUACACAUGUGAUCAGUGUGGAAAGUGUUUCAUACGAAAAGACAACCUUAAUUUACACAUGAAAAUUCACACCAGAGAGAACCAUUUUAUAUGCCAUCAGUGUGGAAAGAGUUUCAAAGACAUUGAACACCUUAACAGGCAUGUUAUAAUUCACUCCGAAGAGAAGCCCUUCAAAUGUCCCCAAUGUGGAAAGAAGUUUAAAAUUAGUAAAAACAUUAAGGCACACAUGAGAAGUCACAGUGAAGAGAAGCCUUUUAAGUGUCAUCAAUGUGAAAAGGGUUUCCUAAUAAAUAAGGACCUCAUAAGACACAUGAGAAGUCACACUGAGGAGAGACCUUUCAAGUGCCAUCAAUGUGGAAAGGGAUUAAAACAUGAAGAAUCACUUGCUUACCACAUGAAAAUUCACACUGGAGAGAAGCCUUUCAGCUGCUCUCAGUGUGGAAAGAGUUUCAUACAUAAAGGACAGCUUAAUGCUCACAUGAGAGUUCAUACAAGAGACAACAAUUUUAAAUGCAAGCAAUGUGGGGAGUGUUUUAAAGACAAGGAUCUCUUUAAAAUGCAUAGAAAAGCUCACUUCCAAGAGAAGCCUUUCCCCUGUCUUCAGUGUGGAAGGAGAUACAAUCUCAUAGGACGCCUUAAGAGUCACAUGAGAUCUCACGAGGGGGAAUAGCCUUUCACCUUUUUUCGCCAUGUGGAAAGUGGUUGAUGCACAACGGACACCUUAGUUUUCACAUGAGAAUUUAUAAAAAGAGAGAACGAUUUAAUAUGUCAACUGUAAAGAGUUUUACAGACCAAAAACAACUUAAAAGGCACUUGCAUAUUCACAGAGGAGAGAAGCUUUUAUAUUUUUCUAAACAUUUGUGUUUAACAGAAGAAAGAAUGAAACUCAUACAGUUUCGGAACAAUAUGAGGAUGAGUAAAGGAUGACAGAAUUAAAAUUUAGCGAAAUUAUUAAUUACUCACACUCAUGUAUUUCCAAAUCAGGACUUUCAUUCAUAUUUGAAACACAUAUGAGAAUUGUUUUUAAAUGCAAUCUGAAUUUUUUUAAUGGACAGAAAUCUCUCAAAUAUCAUUAAAAAUGAAAAAUGCAAUAAAGGGAAAUCUAUUUUUAAAAAAGGCAACAAAAUCUAUUCACUAAUUCCUGAAUUUUCUUUCUUGUACAUUUAACAUUUUUUAAUGGUUAUUUGUAUGCAUUUUUAUGUAGCAGGGCAAUGUGAAACAUUUGAAUAAUGAUUUUGGUAAAGCUUGGGUAAAAAAAAUGAACCCAUUAUAUUUUAAAAAUAAAACGGAAGAUCACCAUGUUAAGGAGAAAUGAACAACAGUUUUGCCACUUUGUCCCUUUCAAAGCAUACCAGUUAAUAAA